GUUGCAAGUGAAUAUAUAGAUUGGAUCAGAAGAUGGAAAACAUGGAGUCUCAAACUUCUUACAAAGCAACAGUGCAGGAGGAAGAAUCUGACAUCUUUCUCACGAGAAAUUCUCCAGUAACUCUCAAGUUCCAUGAUGUUAUCUAUAAAAUUAAGACCACAAAGUGGGGAUUUCUUAAGAACACCAAGGCAGAAGAGAAAGUAAUAUUGAAUGGAGUGACAGGCAUGGCUCAAUCUGGUGAAAUUCUUGCCAUGUUAGGUCCCUCAGGAAGUGGCAAAACAACUUUGCUAGCAGCACUGGGAGGCCGGCUCGGAGGGAAACUCCAUGGAAGCAUAACAUACAACGGCAAAGCCUUCUCAAAUGUAAUGAAGAGGAACACAGGCUUUGUCACACAAGAUGAUAUCCUCUAUCCCCACUUGACUGUGGUCGAAACUGUAGUUUUCACUGCUCUUCUGAGAUUGCCAAAGAGUUUCACCACAAAGGAGAAAAUUGUGCAUGCAAAAUCUGUGAUGGCUCAACUUGGUUUAACCAAGUGCAAGGAUAGCAUCAUUGGUGGACCACUUCUGAGAGGGAUUUCUGGAGGGGAGAGAAAAAGGGUUAGCAUUGGACAAGAAAUGCUCAUAAAUCCAAGCUUGUUGUUUCUUGAUGAGCCAACCUCUGGCUUAGACUCAACAAUAGCUAAGAGAAUUGUCUCAACUUUGUGGGAGCUUGCAAAUGGAGGGAGAACUGUUGUCAUGACCAUACACCAACCUUCAAGUAGGAUGUACUGCAUGUUUCACAAGGUGUUGCUGCUUUCAGAAGGGAACCUUUUGUAUUUUGGAAAAGGGUCUAAAGCUAUGGAAUAUUUUUCUAGCAUUGGAUAUGCACCAAUGACUAUGGCCAUGAACCCCUCAGACUUCCUUUUGGAUCUUUCAAAUGGUGUCUACACUGAUCAAUCGAAUGAGGACCAUGCCUUAAAUAAGCGCAAGUUGAUUUCUGCAUAUAGGAACUACUUCGAUGCAAAACUGCAGCCAGUGCUUCAUGAAAUAACUGAAUAUGAUAAAUGUAAGGGUAGAAUUGAAGACAAUGGCUUUGGGGAAUGGCCUACCAGUUGGCCACAGCAAUUCCUUGUGCUGCUAAAAAGAGAUGUCAAAGAGAGAAAGUACGCAUCAUUCUCUGGCAUGCGGAUCUGUCAGGUCCUUAUGGUUGCUCUUAUUGCAGGACUACUAUGGUAUAAGUCUGACAUUUCACACUUGCAGGAUCAGAUUGGGAUUCUAUUCUUCAUUUCUAGCUUCUGGAGCAGCAUGGCUCUCUUCCAAGCAAUAUUCACCUUCCCCCAAGAGCUAACAAUUCUUAAGAAGGAACGAUCCUCUGGAAUGUACAGGCUCUCCUCAUAUUUCAUGUCAAGAAUGGUUGGUGACCUUCCAAUGGAGCUUGGGCUUCCUACCAUAUUUCUUGCCAUAGUCUAUUGGAUGGCUGGGCUGAAACCUAAUGUGGCAAACUUCAUAUACACAAUGCUCAGUGUCUUUCUCAAUGUGCUAGUUUCACAAGGGCUAGGCCUUGCCAUUAGUGCUAUUGUAAUGGAACAGAAAUCUGCAUCCACACUGGCCUCGGUGAUCAUGCCAACCUCCAUUCUGCUUGGUGGAUACUAUAAUCAACAUGUGCCAAAAUUUAUAGCAUGGCUGAAAUACUUCUCCACCCACUACUACGUGUACCAUCUUGUGAUAGGGUCUCAGUAUGGCACUAGUGACACAUACCCUUGUUCUAAUGGCCAGUGUUUGGUUGCAGAACAUCCUGUGAUUAAGCAAGUGGGGCUACAUUUGCAAGGGAAAAUCACGGCUGCAUUGGCUCUGUUCAUAAUGCUAAUAGGCUUCAGACUUGUGGCUUAUCUUGCUCUGAUGAGGAUUGGGGUGACAAAGAAGGCUUAGGAGAUUUGUCGUUAGUUCUAAAUUCUAAUAUAGUAGUACUUGGUCUUUUUUAGUCAUUUAAUGGUGUAGUAUCAUACCAUCUAGCAAAUCCAUACAACUUUUUAAUUGCUUAGCAGAAAACCUGUGAAAGCUUGUAUGCUUAAUAUUGAUGAUGAUUGUGAAAACUUUUAUCACUUUAUGUC